UAGAAAAGGAAGAGGCAGAUUUAGAUCCACGACUUGAAUUUCCCACCGAAUAGCUCCGUCCCUGCCCUGCGCUUGGUGUCGCGUUCGCCGAGGCCUCUGGCCAUCGCGGGAUGCCUCCCUCAACGUCUCGCCACCCUGCCAAGCCGCCAGACUCGCCGGUCGACGACUCCGACUCUGACCUCGAAUUCGAUCUUGAAGAGCUCGACCCCCAGGUUGCGGCGGGCAACGAACAACAGAAUAGUGGAGGCUUGCUGGGACGGACACGCGACACUGCCGAGCACCAGCCCCCGACGAGAAUUGCACUGCGCACGCUCCGCAUGGGUGGGCUACGGCGCGGCGCUAAACGCAAUGGAUACGGCGAGCUGGGUCGCAGCCAUGCCAGGGGCGACGAGGACACCGAAGCGUCGCUGAGGGACGGAGAUGGCGGCGACCCACGCUAUUCGGACGCCAGCGCCGCCGGCGGGGACGAUGCGCCACUGCUCAGCGGGCGCAGACGGAGCGCCAGCAAACGCCGGCGGUCGUUCGCCAGCGAUAGCUUGCGCAAAGUCGGCCUGCGGCUCCCCAGUUUCAUGUCCUCGCCUGCCGCGGACCAGCGCGAUCAAGACGACGACCUAGGGAAGGAGGAGGACGAUCCGUCGUCAUCGAGGCUGGUGGCCGUUGGCUCGUCCCAAUCCACUCGCUUCCCGCCCAACAUCGUGUCCAACGCCAAAUACACGGCCUGGAGUUUCUUGCCUAUCACGCUUUACAACGAGUUUUCCUUCUUUUUCAACAUGUACUUUCUCCUGGUCGCUCUCUCCCAGGCGAUUCCGGCACUCAGGAUCGGCUACCUCUCGACAUAUAUUGCUCCUCUGGCGUUCGUGCUGGUCAUCACGUUGGGGAAGGAGGCCUAUGACGAUCUCGAGCGGCGGAGGCGAGACAACGAGGCCAAUUCGGAGGAGUACACGGUUCUUCAGUUUAACGAGCCCGGGAAGGGGGCAAAAGGCGUUCGACCGAGGAAGAACAUGAAGUCAACACACGUGCGGAGAGGAUCGAAGCGCUAUGUUUCGGAAAGAGAUAGGCUCUCGGAUAUACAGGAGGAGGAAGAGCAGACUGAAGGCGACGGCCUCCGCCAGCGCCCGUCUUGGAUUGUUUCGGAGACCAGCAAGAAGUCGCGGGAUCUCAGAGUAGGCGACGUCCUGAAGCUGAGUAAAGGACAUCGCGUGCCCGCCGAUGUUGUCAUCUUGAAGUGCCUGUCAAACGACCCGGCUGCGCACAAACAAGAGAGAGCGGCGGCGCUGCAAGAGGAGCCAUUGCUCCUGGAUCACGCAGCUGAGUCCGGAGAGGGCAGCUCCGUGGUUGAGCCCUACUCUGAGGACGGCGCUGCUGAAGGAGGCUCGAAUGGAGAGACUUUUAUCCGGACGGACCAGCUCGACGGCGAAACCGACUGGAAGCUGCGACUGGCGUCCCCCUUGUCGCAGAACCUCCCCACGGAGGAGCUGGUCCGCAUGCGGGUGACGGGCGGAAAGCCGGACAAGAAAGUCAACGAGUUCAUCGGCACUCUGGAACUACUGCCAACACGGCAGGAUGCCAUGGGCACCACCGCCUUCUCCAAAGAUGACGGUCUCUCAAAGGCCGCGGCGCUCUCCAUCGACAACACGGCAUGGGCAAACACCGUCAUCGCGUCGCAUGCGACAACUUUGGCUGUUAUUGUUUACACUGGGCCGCAGACGCGCUCUGCCCUAUCCACGUCCCCGUCCCGUUCCAAGACCGGCCUUCUGGAAUAUGAAAUCAAUUCGCUCACCAAGAUUCUCUGUUUUCUCACUCUCGCCCUCUCCAUCAUCCUGGUCGCCUUGGAAGGAUUCAACAACACGACUGGCAACAUUUGGUAUGUCAAGAUCAUGAGGUUCCUGGUCCUCUUUUCAACGAUCGUACCGAUCAGUCUCCGCGUCAAUCUGGACCUUGGGAAGAGUGUGUACUCUUGGUUUAUCCAGAGGGACCCGGGCAUCCCGGGAGCUGUUGUGCGGACCAGCACGAUCCCCGAAGAUCUGGGGCGAAUCGAGUACCUGCUCAGCGACAAGACAGGAACCCUGACCCAGAAUGAAAUGGAAAUGAAGAAGAUCCACGUCGGAACUGUGUCCUACGGGAACGACGCCAUGGACGAGGUCUCGGCCUAUGUGAGGCAGGCUUUUCACUCGGCCCCGUCAGCCGACGACCUGACGCUUGCGACACCGUCGACAUCGCUCUUGUCCUCCGCAAACGUCGGCGCCACUAGAACCCGCAGAGAAAUCGGGUCUCGCGUUCGCGACGUUGUGCUCGCACUUGCUCUCUGUCACAACGUGACACCAACCACCGAGGAAGACGAGGACGGUCGCAUGGUGAAUUCAUACCAGGCCAGCUCGCCCGACGAGAUUGCCAUUGUGCGGUGGACCGAGUCAGUCGGGCUGCGCCUGGCAUCUCGAGACCGCAAGAGCAUGGUGCUCGAGUCCACCGAGACGGGCCGGACCGUGGUCAAGGUCCGCAUCUUGGAUAUCUUCCCCUUCACCUCGGAUGGGAAGCGGAUGGGCAUCGUUGUGCAGUUCUACGAGAAGCUGCAGCCCGGCGUCCCCGGCCUCGACAGCGGCGAGAUCUGGUUCUACCAGAAAGGCGCGGACACCGUCAUGGGAUCCAUCGUCGCGGCCAAUGACUGGCUGGACGAGGAAACGGCCAACAUGGCGCGCGAAGGUCUCCGGACGCUCGUCGUGGGCAGAAGGCGGCUAUCGACGGCCGAGUAUCAGGAGUUCACCGCCAAGUAUCAAGAGGCAUCCCUGACAAUCAGCGGCCGCGAGGCCGGUAUGCAGGCCGUGGUGAGCCGGUACCUCGAGCACGACCUCGAGCUGCUCGGCGUCACGGGUGUCGAGGACAAGCUGCAGAAAGACGUCAAGCCGUCGCUGGAGCUGCUCCGCAACGCCGGCAUCAAGAUCUGGAUGCUGACGGGCGACAAGGUGGAGACGGCACGCUGCGUGGCGGUCAGCUCCAAGCUGGUCGCCAGGGGACAGUACAUCCACACGGUUGCCCAGCUGAGACGGAAAGACGCGGCGCAGGAAAACCUCGACCUGCUCCGGAGCAAGACCGACGCCUGCCUGCUGAUCGACGGCGAGAGCCUCGGCAUGUACCUGACGCACUACCGGGCCGAGUUCGUCUCGGCCGCGGUGCUGCUCCCGACCGUGGUCGCCUGCCGGUGCUCGCCGACGCAGAAGGCCGAGGUGGCGAAGCUGAUCAAGGAGUACACCAAGAAGCGCGUGUGCUGCAUCGGCGACGGCGGCAACGACGUGUCGAUGAUCCAGGCGGCCGACGUCGGCGUCGGCAUCGUGGGCAAGGAGGGCCGGCAGGCCAGCCUCGCGGCCGACUUCUCCAUCGAGCAGUUCCACCACCUGACCAAGCUUCUCGUGUGGCACGGCCGCAACAGCUACAAGCGCAGCGCUAAGCUGGCCCAGUUCGUCAUCCACCGCGGCCUGAUUAUCGCCGUCUGCCAGACCAUGUACAGCAUUGCGCUUAAGUUUGAGCCUGAGGGUUUGUACAAGGACUGGCUCAUGGUCGGCUACGCAACCGUGUAUACGGCCGCGCCGGUGCUCUCGCUCGUGCUCGACAAGGACGUGGACGAGAACCUGGCCAACCUGUACCCGGAGCUCUACAAGGAGCUGACGUCGGGCCGCUCGCUGUCGUACCGCACCUUCUUCGUCUGGGUCUUCGUCUCGGUCUACCAGGGCUGCCUGAUCCAGGGCCUGUCGCAGCUGCUCACCGAGGUCGACGGCCCGCGCAUGGUCGCCGUCAGCUUCACCGCUCUCGUGCUCAACGAGCUGCUCAUGGUCGCCAUCGAGAUCACCACCUGGCAUUGGGUCAUGAUGGUCUCCAUCGUCGGCACCUUCUUGAUGUUUGUCGGCUCGGUUCCCUUCUUGGGCCGGUAUUUCGACUUGGGGUUCUUGUUGACUGGGUUUCUAUUGGCGGGUCGCUGCGAUCAUGGCUAUGUCGCUGAUUCCAACAUACGCGGCCAAGGUUAUUCAGCGGACCAUGAAGCCGCCGUCGUAUCGCAAGGUUCAGGGUUGACUCGGGAGGAAUUAUGGCGAGCAUGGGUGGCGUUUGGAGCUGUGGAGUUUUACUUAUUUGCCUUGCAACUAACGAGCGUUUUGGAUGUACCCGUCCCCCCUGAAGUUGCCGAUGUGUCCAGGUGCCUCCGUCUAUUGUCUACACAAUAAAUUCUACAGCCUUUUUAUAAC